AAAGUUUGGUGGUAAAAAUUAUUCCCAAUUAUAUAAAAUUAUAUCUCUUGAACAAUAUCCUACAAAAGUAAUUUACACUAGAAAAGAAAAGGAAAUAAAUUAUAAAGUUUCAAAUAAUUAUCAAGUAGAAACAACAUUAAGUGGACUAACAGUUUUAUGUAAAACACAAUAUCAAUUUUUGCGUAAAAUUGCAAUUAAAUAUAUUAUUGAAUGGACAGAUGAAAAUGAUCAAAUAAAGUCAAGAUAUAGCUUAUCAUCAGCUAGGGCAGCAGGUUCUUUAUUUUUAAAA